AUGCCCUGGGCCUCGAAUGUGAGCAUGGACUGGUCGCGCUGCAACACUCAUGGCGCAUGUCAGUCUCGACCGAGGCGUGAAUCAGCCGCUCAGGGACUCGGCGGCGAGGCUGGCGACGUACUGCCAAUUGCAUCAAAGUCGGCUGUCCGUAUGGUAAGCAUUCACUACAUCCUCCUUUCGCUCUAUGAUGAUUACACUUCAAACGAUAACUUCCGAGACUACACGUCGGUCUACAGGUCUGAUGCGGAGCCUACAUCAUCGCCGGUCAACGUCGACUCCUAG